UAACGAUUGACCCGGAACCCACCCGCCGAAAACAUUUCAAUCAGCACAUGAAGAGAGUGCUCUGUAUCUGUACGCAAAACCCUAGAAUUUUGAUUUUCAGUUGCUUCUUCAAUUGAAGAUCUGUAGAGUUAGCGUUUUAGCUUUCGAUUUCAUUGGCAUGGCGAUGAGGAAUCGAACAACUGUGUUCAGAAAGCACAGACAGACUUUGAACAGUAAUCGUUUUCCUGAGAUUUCUUAUUCUUCUUCUUCUUCUAAUUCAACGUUUGGUGGUCCGGUGAUUGAAAUGGCCACCACAUCAUUUCUUCAUUCCAAUCGGUCCUACACUCCUCUUAGCACGGACGACCCUGGCCCUUCCAGUAAUGAUGCGUUUACUGUGGGCCUGCCUCCAGAUUGGGUGGAUGUUUCUGAAGAAAUAGGUGCCAAUAUACAGCGUAUUAGAGGUAAAAUGAGAGAGUUAGUCAAGGCUCAUGCAAAGGCUUUAACACCCUCUUUUGGAGAUGGCAAAGAAGAUCAACGUGUUAUAAAUGCUCUUAGCCUGGAGAUUACAGAUCUAUUAAGGAAGUCUGAGAAGAGAUUACAUAAACUUUCUGCAAGUGGGCCAUCUGAGGAUUCAAAUAUUAGGAAAAAUGUGCAGAUGGAUUGCUUACAUUUAAUUAUUUUCCAACAGCAUUCUCUUGCUACGGACCUUCAGAAACUUUCUAUGGAGCUUCGGAAGAAUCAGUCAACAUAUUUGAAACAUCUACAGCAGCAGAAAGAGGGACAUGAUGGGCUUGAUUUGGAGAUGAACAUGCAUGAAAAUAAAUCUAGAUUGGAAGUUGAUGAAUUUGGAGAUACGGGUUUUAAUGAUCAUCAAAUGGCCAAGCUGAAGACAAGCGAAAAGUUCACUGCUGAAAGGGAAAGGGAGAUCAGACAGGUUUUGGAAUCUGUUAACGAGCUAGCCCAAAUCAUGAAGGAUCUCUCUGUUCUAGUGAUAGAUCAGGGCACAAUUGUUGAUCGGAUAGACUACAACAUUCAGAAUGUUGCUGUAUCAGUAGAGGAGGGAUUUAAACAGUUACAGAAGGCAGAGAGAACUCAGGCGAAAGGGGGGAUGGUGAGAUGUGCAACAGUGCUUGUUAUCAUGUGCUUCAUCAUGCUUGUCCUCCUGGUCCUCAAGGAGAUAUUCCUGACACGAUAGUCUUAGAUUCCAUGCUCAAGUCACGUGUUGGCUAGAACAGAAUUCAAAGGGGAUUUUUUGUGUGGAUAUUUUUUCCUCAUUAUAUGGAUGCUGAAAUUUUGAAGGAACAAAAAACGGGAUUUUUGAAGACAGUCCCUGUUAUCUUCAGUUGCAGGAAAUGUAUAUUGGUUGGAUCUCCCUCUCCCUCUCUCUCUCUUGGUGAGAAUUUGUUGCAACAUCCACUGUACAUAAUGUGUGUGUAUUACAACUAGAGUUAGGAACUUCAGAAUUGAAAGAUUGAAUCAACAGUUUUUUUCCCUCUGCUUUCUUUGUCUGGCUUUUCUUUUUUUUUUUUCGUUUUUUGUUUUUUUGUUUUUUGGAUGAUAAAAAGGAUAUUUUGAGUUAUUAUCACGGCAGCUGACUCUGGAUGGUAGUUAUUGUUGUUAAGAGUAUUACCCUAUAGAAAUGUAUUUCUUGACACCCAGCCAAAUUAUUA